ACACGCCCCCUGGAUCUGUGUAGCCUUUUCCGGUGUCGUUGUUUGGCUGCUGAAAUUUCCACAAUUUGAGCAUUUUUAGCGUUUUUAUUCCCCGACAGCAAACGCGACAUCGCUCAUCCUUAUUAUGUCUGUGUAGCGUGUCAUUAUCAUUUAUAACAUUAAUGAGGGACUCUUGUUGUUUCCUCUGAACGCGAAGUUUGAGUGGUUUCAUCAUCUGUGUAUGUUUUGGGCUUUUGGAAACCGGUUUUGUGUGAGCUAUGUUAAACGAAACACGAACCCGUGGACUGCUAAUUGUAUUCUUGGGCUUAUUCUGCGCUAAUUUCAGCUGGGGAUGGUUUCAAAACAACGCCAAAAGCAAAACCCCACAGAAAGAGCCUGUUUACGCCGAGACGACAGACGGCCAAGACCAAAGCUGCUUAUGUCAUUUAACAGGUGUCUUGGACGACUGUUUCUGUGACAUCGAGAGCAUUGACGUCUUCAACAACUUUAAAAUCUAUCCUCACAUUCGCAAGCUCAUAGAGAGAGACUUCUUCCGAUACUACAAGGUGAAUCUGAAGCGUCCGUGUCCGUUCUGGCCUGAUGAUGGCCAUUGCUCGAUCAAAGACUGUCACGUAGAGCCGUGCCCAGAGAGUAAAGUUCCUGUAGGAAUUAAAUCUGGCAACUAUAACAAGUAUUCUCAGGCGGCGAACAGCGUCAGUGAUAUGAGAGAGUGUGAACAGGCUCAUGAACUGGGCGCCGUGAACAGCACACUGAGUAAUCAGAGUAAAGAGGCGUUUGCGGACUGGGCUCAUCACGACGACGCUCAGGAUCAUUUCUGCGGGUUAGACGAUGAAAUGUCUCCUGAUGCCGAAUACGUGGAUCUGCUGCUGAACCCGGAGCGAUACACCGGAUAUAAAGGCCCGUCGGCCUGGAGAGUUUGGAACAGCAUUUAUGAGGAAAACUGCUUCAAGCCAAGAUCAGUGUAUCGUCCUCUCAACCCUUUGGCUCCCAGUCGUGGUGAUGAUGAUGGUGAAGGGUUUUACAAAUGGCUGGAAGGUUUGUGUUUGGAGAAGCGUGUUUUCUAUCGUCUGAUCUCCGGCCUCCACAGCAGCAUCAACAUCCACCUGUGUGCCGAAUACCUGCUGGACGAGGGCUGGGGGAAGCCGGUUUGGGGUCCAAACGUGCACGAGUUCAAACAGCGUUUCGACCCGGCCGAGACGAAAGGCGAGGGCACGCGGCGGCUGAAGAACCUGUACUUCCUGUACCUGAUCGAGCUGCGAGCGCUUUCUAAAGUGGCUCCGUACUUCGAGCGCACCUUCAUCAACCUGUACACUGGAAACACUCAGGAAGACUCCACUACCAAAGAACUGCUGCUGCAGAUCCUCAACGAGACCAAAGCGUUCCCCAUGCACUUUGACGAGAGCUCCAUGUUUGCGGGCCAUAAAAUAGAGUCCAAGACACUAAAGGAGGAGUUCAGGCUUCAUUUUAAGAACAUCUCUCGUAUCAUGGACUGCGUCGGCUGCAGUAAAUGUCGCCUCUGGGGAACAUUACAGACUCAGGGUCUGGGAACGGCCCUCAGGAUCCUGUUCUCUGAGAAAGAGAUCAAGAACCUUCCAGAAAACAGUCCGUCCAAAGGCUUCCAGCUCACGCGACAGGAGAUCGUGGCUCUGCUCAACGGAUUCGCCAGAUUGUCCACGAGUAUAAAAGAGCUGCACAACUUCCGGACGCUCCUGAAGGAUCAUAGGUAACAGAGCUCCAGUCCAGCAGGUGGCAGCAGCCGACGGACUCUGCACUGGUCUUUUUUCCACCCAGAAUAAGGCCUGUCUCAGGGACUGCGGGAUCGGAUCCGGCAGAACCCUUCCUGUAGAUCACAUGUCAAACCUCCUGCUUUAAGAGUCACUAAAA